AGUAUGCUAUGGAAGCCAUCUCACACGCUGGUACUGUCCUCGGAGUUCUGGCAAAGGACGGUGUUGUACUUGCUGCCGAGAAGAAGGUGACAGGCAAGCUGCUCGACCUGACCAGCGCGAAGGAGGGAGGAUACGGCGGGAGUGGAGAGAAGAUCUUCUUGUUAAACUCAAACGUGGUCGCUGGUGUGGCUGGAAUAACAGCAGACGCGAACUCGCUUGUCAACUUUGCGCGACAAGCGGCACAGAAACAUCUGUUCCUCUAUAAUGAAGACAUCCCUGUAGAGCUUCUGGCACAGCGACUAUGUGAUCUCAAACAAGGUUACACACAAUAUGGAGGCCUGCGCCCAUUUGGCGUCUCGCUCCUUUACGCGGGAUAUGACCCGCACUACGAAUUCCAAUUGUACCACUCAGAUCCAUCCGGAAAUUAUUCGGGCUGGAAGGCGACAUGCAUCGGCGCGAACAGUGGCACGGCGCAGAGUCUGUUGAAGCAAGAAUACAACGAGGAUAUGGGCGUAGAAGAUGCUGUAGGCUUGGUCCUGCGGGUGAUGAGCAAGACGAUGGACAGCACAACACUGGGCAGCGAGAAGCUGGAGUUUGCAACGCUGACCGUCGACCCAAUCACAAAGGCACCGAAGGCGAAGAUAUACAAGCCUGCGGAAAUCGACGCUCUGCUGCAGAAGCAUGACCUGGGGAAGAAGGACGAAGAUGCGGAGAUGAGGACGGUCUGAUGGAAGGACGCCUCGCGGACCUAUUAUGUGAUUGUUGUACAUGAUAUCGUAGAUGCAGCUGCUUCGUCACCGCAUUCCGUUGCUAGUGCUGGACGCUCAGCCAGUCCGAAGUUAUGUGAAAGGUGGAAGACCCUUCUGGCCAUGGGUGAGCCGGGAGCAGAAAAGGCGCCCACACUAGACCCGUUUCCGGGUGCCUAUACAUAGCAGGUCUUCCAUCCCGCACUCUCACCCCCGUCGUACAAGUACCAGGCACUCGCUGCGCGGCGCCCAUCGCCUCGAUUCCUCUCACAGCACCUCCCCGUUACCACCCAACAGCGACAUCAUGGACCACGGCGGAC